GCUGGAAUGGCCGAGGAGCGCGUUCGCGUGAGCGUGUGCGGGAGGAGGGAAGAACGCAGUCGGCUGUGAGGAGUUUUUAAUGUCCGCCAUGUUGAGAAUGGCGCACUGAGGCAGCGACAGAAAACACACACACCCGCCUCCGCUUCUCCUCGCUGGAGCUGCUCUAUUCCAUUAUUUUUUCUCAUUCUCCAACUCCAUCCACCCUCCUCCAUGAGAUCUGUGACGGUUUUAUGGGUGAUUGUGAGGGGAUCGGAUAGAUUUAUAGAGUAAAAUGAGUAAACUGUCGUUCAGGGCGCGGGCGCUGGACGCUCUCAAGCCGCUGCCCGUGUUCCGCUGCGAGGAUCUGCCGGACCUGCACGAGUACGCGUCCAUCAACCGCACCGUGCCGCAGAUGCCCACCGGCAUGGAGAAGGACGAGGAAUCGGAACACCAUCUCCAGAGGGCGAUUUCCGCCCAGCAUGUGUAUGGAGAGAAGAGGGAUAACAUGGUGAUUCCCGUCCCAGAGGCCAAGAGCAACAUCACCUACUAUGACUCGCUCUACCCCGGAGACUUCAAGAUGCCAAAGCAGCUCAUUCACAUACAGCCUUUCAGUCUGGAUACGGAGCAGCCAGACUACGAUCUGGACUCGGAGGAUGAGGCUUUUGUGAAUAAACUGAAAAAGAAGCUGGAGGUGGAGGCCCUGCAGUUCGAGGAGAUGAUUGACAGAUUGGAGAAAGGCAGCGGACAGCAGCUGGUGACCCUACAGGAAGCGAAGCUUUUACUGAAGGAGGACGAUGAUCUGAUCAGGGAGGUGUUUGAGUACUGGAGCAGGAAGAGGAAACUGUGUAAAAAUGGAUCCCUCAUCCCAACCAUCAAGCAGGAAAAGCGGGAUGGUUCCAGUACAAAUGACCCCUAUGUGGCCUUCAGGCGCAGGACUGAGAAGAUGCAGACGAGAAAGAACCGUAAGAAUGACGAGGCGUCCUAUGAGAAGAUGCUCAAACUAAGAAGGGACCUGAGUCGAGCCGUCACUAUUCUGGAGAUGAUCAAGAAACGAGAAAAAAGCAAACGAGAGCUGCUUCAUCUCACACUGGAAGUUGUGGAGAAGAGGAACGCCAUUCCGGACUUUGGUUCAGAGGUGAUGGCAGAAGCACUUGCUAUGGCAAAACCUGUUUACAAGAUUCCCAUAAUACCCUUCUCCAGCAGCAGUCAGUACCGCCACCAGGACCACAUAGACUUCAAAGACUACAAGAGCAGGCCUGAAAAGACAGAAGUGGUCAGAACAAAGAGGAAGUACGAGAAGAAACCCAAAAUCACACCACUCUCCACCCCAUUGCAUACUGGCCCCUCCCUGUUUAACCCCAAAGACCUCAACCAGUAUGACUUCCCCAGCUCUGAUGACGAGCCCUUUUCACAGAUACAUUCUGGGUCAUCCGAGGCCGAGGAAGAGAACGAGCCUGAUGGAGUGUAUGCCUUCAGGCGGAAAGCAGGAUGUGUUUAUCACGCUCCCCGUUUGGAUCAGAGCGGCGACUGGCCCUGGUCUGGAGAAACAGAAGGAGGGUCAUGUGACCCACGGUUUCGGUACUCCCUCACCACUCUCACCAUUCCCCGCCACUGUGUCGGUUUGGCACGGCGUCGGGUGGGACGGGGCGGCAGGUUUCUUCUGGACCGGGCCUAUUCGGAUUUAAAUGGAUUAUUCCAAAGUCUGGACUCUGAUUCAGAGCCGGACUUCUCCUUCCCUGCUUCCCCUCUCCAACCGGAAACCACUUCCCAGACCGUUACCUCAUCCUCUUCAUCACAGUCCUCAUCCUCUUCUUCCGCUCACACCACGUGUUCAGACCUGAGGCAGAUCCUCCGAAACAUCAAAGCGUGCCGCUGGAGGCACUUUAAACCACGGACACUAACCAGCCAAUCAGGCGCAGGGGAUGCGCUGUCACGGAGACCGUUUAGGGGGUUGGUGAGGGGCGGCGCGGGGCCGGGUGGCAGUACACUGGGCAGAACAGCAGGCAUGGGACCACCAGCAGUAGCGUUCACGGCUGAGCAGUAUCAGCAGCAUCAAGAACAGCUGGCCCUCAUGCAGAAACAGCAGCUGGAGCAGAUACAACAACAGGCCAGUGACACCGGCUCAAGUCAGUCUCUUGUGUCCAAGACGCUGGACUCAGUCAGUGCCCAGUUUGCCGCCUCUGCACUCAUGACCUCUGACCAGCUUUUGACCCUAAAGGUCAAAGAAGACGGCGCAGGAGGUGGAGUCAACGGGGUCGUCCAAGCUUCAGGAGUUUACAAGGGAUUGAGCAUCUCUGCCACAUCCUCUGCUUCGGUCCUCACUAGCCAACCAACAUUGACCGCUGCCCCGCCCACCUUCCUGUCCUCCACUAGCAACUCUAACACAAGCUCCGCCCACACUGUCCACAACCCUGUAGGUAAUCAUGGUAACAACACAGGCAACUCCACCUCUCAGGUCCUGAUCGGUAACAACCUACGACUCAGUGUCACCACGCCCUCUAUCACCAGUCUCAAUGCCCGUCAUCUUCCCAGAAGUCUCAGCAACGUGCCACCUGCUGCCUUGAAGCUCGCCGCCAGCAACUGUCAGCUCCCCAAAGUCAACACUGGGGAGAAUCACGAGCAGGAAAAGCAGUCCCUCAACAGUAUAGCAGAGAACACAGUGGCCAUGGAGGUGACGUAGUGACCCCUGCCUGGGCGUCGUUCUUUUUUUCCGCCCAGUCCAGUCUUCUGGUGCUGUGCACCAAUUGGGUUCGGGGAAGCAAAAGGACAGCGGGUUUCCACAGCGACUGUCUGAACGUGACAGAAAAUUUCAUCUCUUGUUUAUCUUUAUUUUUGCCCCUUUUGUCAUUUUUUUUUUUAAAUAUACUUUGUUUCUGUUAAGAAAAGUGAUGUGUAAAUUAUGAAUAUGGCUAAUAUUUGAUGUACAGAAACUACAUAUUUGUAAAAUCCCACCACCUUCAUCACCCUUGUAUAUACGCUACUUGAAUACAGAACUGUUGAGUUGAUGUUUUGCACUUGGGGAAUCAAAAAGAGUAAAAAGCGAACGAGGGGGAGUGUGUGAGGUAAACGCUGAGUGUGUGAAUAGUCAUGUGCAUGGUGAGGAAACCUGCUGUUCUACCUAUUUAUUGUGAUGUGUUUACAAUUAUUUGUUUUUUUUAUGUUUAUUUUUCUUUUAUUUCGUACACUGUGUCCCUCAGUUGUUUCCUGUGGUGUUGUAAGUGUUAAGGUAGCUGCCGAUUCCUAAAUUUCCCCCUCUGUUUUCAAGUUCGAACGGAUUGAACAUUGAUGGUAUCAUGCAAUUUUUUUUUUCUCCAGGUUAAUUUUUUAUUUUAUUGAUUUUCCCCUCUUCUUCUGGAAGGAAUGGGACGUGUCAGGGUUCGAUGCCCUUUAGGUUCAGGGGUUAAUGGGAGGGCAAAUUUAGGGGGUUGGUUAUAGAAAUCUUCCAUUUUUAUCAUCCCCCCCCCAAAAAAAAAUAAGACAAACAAGGGAUGAAGUCUUCACUUUGGGAGCUUCCAAUGCUUCCGGUCAACUAAGCACUAUUGUUUAAUUUUUUUUUUUUUUUUUUUUUUUUUUUUUUUUUUUUUUUUUUUUUUUUUUUUAGUUAAUAUAUUGCUGCUUUUUAUAUAAAAUUUUCUUUUUCAUAUGAUGGAAACUGUUUGGUUUGUCCCCAUUUUUAUAUUAUAGUUAUUUUUCUAUCUUGUUUUGCAUUUCUAUCGUUCUGUUGUUUGAAUUUUUUUUUUUUUUCAGUUCUUGUGGUGAAGCGUAUUUUGCGCUUCGUUAACGGAAGACUUCAUUCUUUGUUGGUAAAUGUCACGCGAAACAGCCGAUAAACGCCCAUCCAAGUCGUCAUUCCGGUUUAAUGACAUCAUUCAAUACCAAGAAGCAGAAAACAAGUGGAUGCCAAACGAACGUAAUCUCCUUGGCCUUCUUCUCUAAACGCAUUAAUCCAGCAGACUCUGGACUACUUCAAGGCCUGAAAAAAAAAAACACAAGUUAAAGGUUGUGCCUUCCUUUGGGAAUGUCCUGCUCAGUCUCUUCUGUGAAGAGGAUGCUCCGGCUCAAGACCGCGGUCCUGCGGUACACACUUGUCCGGAGCUCGGAUCUCUGAUGCCCAGUCCACUGGCUGAACUGAAUCAUCCUCCUCCAGGGGUUUUCUAGUCUGAUUUGGAUGGAGGCAAAAAAAAUAUGGAAAAUAUAAUAAAGAAAAAAUAUUGAAUAAGGGAAAAAAAAAAAGAUAUGUGACAAUUCAAACAUGAAUCAGACAAUAAAGCCCAGGUUAUUAUAUGUGAA